UAAGAUGACUGGGCAGAAAGAGCGGCGAAUUCGUCUCUAACCUUCCCGAAAUUACGUCACGCGCGCAAUACACGGAAAGAGGAGACGCGCGGCGACGGCGGCGGCGGUGUGCGUGUGCGAAAUUGAUUUGCAGACGUUGUUCUGGUGCAGCAGGUUGUUGUUGUUGUUGACUGCUGAUAAGAAGAGAUGGGAGGCAGCUAGCGGGCGUGGGAAAGGGCCAGGUGCGCGCCUCCACCGCAGGGUGUUAGCCUGCUGCAAAAUGGAGUGGAUCAUCGCGGCGGUCGACGGCAUCCUCAUGGUGCUGAUCCUCGGCGGCAACUGCAUCACGGUCACGGUCAUCAUCAAGAAGCCCAAGCUCGCCACCUCGUCCAACCAGUUCGUCCUUGGCCUCGCGCUCGCCGACAUGCUCGUCGGCGUGUCGAUGCCCUACCACAUGACCUUCUACAUUUCCGAGGAGAUGGGCAACUCGUUGCCUUUGUGCCUGCUGCGAUUCGUCCUGAUGAUCAUGGCCUGUUCGGCGUCGGUGCUGCAUCUAAUCUGCAUCGCCGUCGACAGAUACCUCGCCAUCAUUUACCCGCUGCGCCACCAAGUCAUCGUCACCAAAGGGAGGGCACGCCACGUGAUUUUCUGCAACUGGAUGAUAGCAAUAGCUAUUUCAACAAUGCCAAUUUACUGGAACGAGUGGCAAGAGCACUCAAAGAGGUGUGCGAUUGAGAACAUUCUGCCGGCCAAUUUUUUCCUCUUCGUGGUGAUUCCGGCGUUUACCUUCCUGCUAGUGAUCAUGCUGUGUACGUACGUGCGCAUCCACAAGGUCGCCUCUUCGCACGCCACCCGCCUCUCUCAGCAGCGGCUCUCCUGCUCGCAAAUCAGCAUCCACGUUGGCACCAAUGAGAUCCAACACCUGCAGAAGGGCAAAAAGUCCAUGCAGGUGGUUGCACUUGUGCUUGGCUGCUUCUGCGUAUGCUGGUGCCCCUACCUGACCAUCAGCACCCUGAUUUUGCACGGCUACCGCAGCCAGGUGCUCGAACUGGCGUACAACCUGGCUUUCAGCUUCGCCAUGGCCAACUCGUGCAUGAAUCCAAUCAUUUACGCUUGGAAAAACCAGGACUUCAAGUGCGCCUUCCAGGAACUGCUGAGCUGCUGUAGGUCGCCUACUGCUGCAAGUCAGGACGAAAUUGUGCGCUCGAGGAGCCAAAGCAAUCUGGAAGCCAGGGCAUCCGCCUCCACCUCCAGGUCGUCCAUUCACGAUUUGCAGGUCGAACGGUUUUAACAUUAAAUUCAAUAAAAUUAGUUUAAAAUCUUUGUUAUUAAUUGGUAUUAAUAAGGCUAGCUGUUAACUGGAGCCAUAAAAAUGACUGCACGUGAAAGUAGCUUAGCUUUUUGCAAUAUGAAGUAUCCAGGGCUGCGAAUAUUCUAUUGUAAAUAAAAUCUAAUGAAUUUUAGCAUUUCAAAAAAUUGCUAUCUGUUUUUCAAAUUCAAAGAAUAAUUAUUUUAAUCAUUUUCAACCAAAUAAUUCACUCAUAAGAAUAAACUAGUCCAGUGUUGCCCUGCCGAUCCAUGAAUAAUUUUUUUAUCUGCCACUGUACCAACGCAGCCCUUAUACAAUAAUUAAAUUUAUCAAAACAUUUGUUAUACAAAUUAAAUGUUGUUUGCCCGCAAUAAAAAAUGUUAAUAGGCGUA